AUAAUUUACCUCUGAACCUCCAUUUGGAAAACCUGAAUAGGAUGUUUUAGAUGUGAUUGCUUAAAGUUUCCAAAGGUAUUUGGCAACUUUUAUAUUUUAAGCUAGUGUAUUCUGAAUUUCUUUAUUUAAAUAUUACAAAUUGCAUGUCAUAAAUGGGUUAAUUUGUCUCCCACAGCUCUGUGUGCCAGUGUGAACUCUUAUGUGUUUUACUUGGUAUCUGAGAAAAUGAACUGGAUGGAUGCUCAGAAGUAUUGCAGACAGCAUCACACUGAUCUCACCACUGUUAAUGACCAAACAGACCUCACUGAACUGUUAAAAUCUUUACCCAGUGGUUUCAGAGAUGAUUUUUGGAUUGGACUUUAUCGGACGGACCGCAAUGCUCCCUGGGUCUGGUCUGAUGGGAGUAAAUCGCUGUUCAGACAGUGGCAAUCUUCACAACCAAACAAUGCUGGUGGCAUCCAGUACUGUGUGUACACAACUACUACUGGAUACUGGAACGAUUGGGAGUGUCCAGAUACAUUACCAUUCAUGUGCUACACUGAGAAAAAGAUACAGAUAGUGAGACUGGAGGUAAAAUCAAGUAAAAAUGUGAAUGAUCCUGCAGUGAAGAAUAUGACUUUGGCGAAGUUAGGGCAGACACUGAAGGAGAAGGGGCUGACAAAAGAUGCUAAGCUCUCAUGGAUGAUGUUUUCUGAAGAGAAUGUCUUUCACAAGAUGUGGUAUCAGAAGAGUGAUUCUUUUAAUGCAUCCUGCAGGAGAACCGACAACUGAUCAUCUCAUAAUAAAAUUUUUUGUGUAAUUUUAGUUGCUCUCAGAAAAUCACUAGGCACCGGUAGAUGGAACUGUAUGUGCACUUCUGUAUUUUU